UUAUUCCGACGUCCGCCAGAUCCGCUGGCGCAUUGGACAGUCUGGUCUGGCUGCUUCACUUCCCAUUUGAACCUUGCAUCGGAGCGCGGGGCAGGGGAGUGUCUGGCGGUCCUGCGAAGCCCACCAGUUCCCAGGAACCCGCCGCCUCCGCUGCCCCCGAGGCCGCCGAGCUUCCCUGCGCGUCUCGCGCGGAGCGCCCCGGAGGCAGUUAAGGAAUCAUGGUAGAUGAUAAUGACAAAAAGCCAGUUCUUCAGGAGCAAAAGCCAGAUGAAGAACCUUUGAAAGAUGAACAAUACAAGGAAUUAAUUGAUGAAAUUACAAAGGAAAAUAUUCAGCUAAAGGAGGAGAUCCAGAAGCUGGAAGCUGAGUUACAAGAGGCUGCAAGAAAUUCACAGAUUAAAGAGGAUAUUCCUGACUUUAAGCUGAAAUUCAGGACCGUGGAGAAUCCUGAGAAUAUCAGAAGGUUUUUAAAUGUCUCCUGCUCAUUUCAAGUGAACUCUCAAAUUUCUUAUGAGCUACAAAAAGGACAAGCACUUAUCACCUUUGAAAAUGAAGAAGUUGCUCAAAACGUGAUCAGUAUAGGAAAACAUCAAGUGAUAAUCAAUGAUGUAGCUGUGGAGCUGAUGGCUAAUCCUGUUCCAUUAAACUCUGGAGUCAGAUUCCAGUUUCAUGUGGAAAUUUCUAAGAUGAAGAUCAGUAUCACUGGAAUUCCUGAUAUACUGCCUGAAAAUCUCAUGAGAGACAAGCUGGAACUAACCUUUUAUAAGUCCCGGAACGGAGGUGGAGAGGUGGAUCAUGUGGAAUAUGAUAAGGAGUCCGGAAGUGCCGUGAUCACGUUUGUGGAAAGUGGAGUUGUUGACAGGAUUUUGAAAAAGAAAAACCAUGCUCUUUAUCUAAAUCAGGACUGCCAUAAAGUGACUGUCUCUCCAUAUGUAGAAACAUACUUGAAGAAGUUCCAGGUGUUCUCUGGACAGUCGAAGAGAACGGUGCUGCUGACCGGACUCAAAUCCAUUCAAACAAAUGAUGAGGAAUCUGUUGAAGAUUCAGUGAACAUUCACUUUCAGCGGAAGAAGAAUGGAGGAGGAGAAGUAGAAGUCGUUAAGUGUUGUCUCAACCAGCCUUACAAGGCAUACUUUGAAGAACAGACUCAGGGAAUUGUAUGAAAGCUUCUGAGCCCAAAUCACUGUCAAUAAUUAACCAAAAUAAUUAUUUUUCUUUGGCAUCUAUUUAUUCUAAGAUGUCUAUUUACAUGAUUUUGAAUUGUUUUAAAUGUUAUUGUUUUCAACUGUAAUAAAGUGCACUAAAU